UGGGAAACGUAUAUCGAAAUUUCUUGGAAAAGUCGUUUGUCGCUCCCUGUAAAUUUCAUCUGUUUUUCUCCUUCCACAUAUAUUUAUCAUCUCAUACAUCGUUAUGUCAUCGUUACUUUCGACUUCCUCAUCCAUUUCCAGAAAGAAAUACGAUGUUUUCUUGAGUUUUAGAGGUGAAGAUAAUCUUAAGAACUUCGCAGAUCAUCUCUACGAUGCUCUAAAGAGGAGUGGCAUCAUCACUUUUAGGGAUGAUCCAAAGCUGGAGGUCGGCGAAGAGAUCGCACCGGAACUCUUCAAAGCGAUCCAGCAGUCGUGGUGCUCGGUUAUCAUUUUUUCGGAAACCUAUGCCUUUUCAGGAUGGUGCUUGGAGGAACUUGCUGAGAUUGUUCAACAAAAAAAUUGUUAACGGGCGUAAUGUAUUUCCAAUUUUCUACGUUGUGGAUCCAUCCGAUUUAAGAAAACAAAAAGAAAAAGUUGGAGAAGCCUUCGCCAAACACGAAGAAAGAUACAAGGAAGAUAAAGAUAAGAUCCAAAAGUGGCGAAAUGCUUUGACUGAAGUAGCUAACAUCAAAGGAUGGCAUUUACAUAAUCGGCACGAAUCAGCAUUUAUCGAAGACAUUGUUAAGAAUAUAUCAGCAAAAUUAUGUCAGACAUAUCCAAUUAUUCAUGACGAGUUGGUUGGAAUUAGUUUACAUUUGGAGGAGUUGUAUUCGAAAAUAAACAUUGGAGAAGACGAUGUCCGCAUUAUUGGAAUUUGUGGAAUGGGUGGCAUCGGUAAAACAACUCUUGCAAGGGUUGUUUACACUCAAAUGUCACCUUAUUUUGAAGGUAAAAGCUUUCUUGCUGAUAUUCGAGAAGUUUCAAACAAAUGUGGACUUGUCUCUUUACAGAAACAACUUCUUUCUCAAAUCUUGUCAGAUGAAUGCUUCAAUUUUUUCAAUGUUCAUGAAGGGAAUGCCAUAAUUAGCCAUAGGUUGUUUAGCAAAAAGGUUGUUGUUGUUCUUGACGAUGUUGAUCAUGUACAACACUUGAAAUACUUAGUUGGAAGACAAGAUUGGUUCGGUUUAGGGAGUAGAAUCAUCGUAACAACCAGAGAUGAACAUUUGCUCCGAUCUUAUCUAAUCGAUGAUGUGUAUAAGCCUACAACAUUGAAUCCCAAUGAUGCACUUAGGCUUUUCAAUUUGAAAGCUUUUGAUAGUGAUACAAUGUUGAAAGAUGAUUUUAGUGAGCUUUCUGAACAUAUUGUAAAUUACGCUGGUGGUCUCCCCUUAGCUCUUGAAGUCUUGGGUUCUUUUUUGUGCGAUAGAAAUUUAGCUCAAUGGAGAAACGCAAUCGAAAGAAUUAAACAUGAUUCCAACAAAGAAAUUCUUGACACACUCAGAAUCAGCUUUGAUGGGUUGGAAGAAAAGGAAAAGAAUAUAUUUCUAGACAUAGCAUGCUUUUUCAAUGGGGAGAAGAAAUAUUUAGAAAUGAAAGUAUUGGAUGGUUGUGAGUUUUUCCCAGAUAUUGGAAUCGAUGUUCUCAUUAAGAAAUCUCUUAUAAAAGUCAGUGAUGAUAACCAAUAUUUAUGGAUGCAUGCCUUGUUGCAAGAAAUGGGAAGAAAAGUUGUUGAAGAAAAAUGCGUUGAUGAACCUGGAAAACGUUGUAGAUUGUGGAAGGAAAGAGAUGUCCAUCAUGUCCUAGCAAAAAACACUGUAAAUCAUUGAACAAAAAUUACAUACAAAAUUUUCUUUUUGUCAAUAUAUGAUGUAAAACCAAAGCUUAGUCUAAUUGAUUUACAUAUCCAUUUUUAAGUGAAAUUGAGUAGCUUUAAGAUAAUUUUCAUUUGUUGAUCAUAAAUAUUAAUAAGAACUGGUAAUAUAAACAUUCAAUUUUAUUGAAA